AUGAACGAUGCAUCCACUGCUCUGCUGACGGAGCAUUUUAGCUACACGCCUUUGUCCCUCAUCGACGAUGUCAUCAACUCGGUCAACAAUCUCGUCUACCAGGCCAUAUCCAGUCUCGAAAAUGGCAUGCUGAACACGCCGCCCGAAAGAUUGGGCUUCAGACACGCGGAAAACACGAUCCCGGACACCGACGACGAUGGAAAUGUUCAGUACCCCGAAGCGCGUCUGGAGAUCGAGAACGGGCUACACCAGUUGGAGACGCUGUUCGAGGCCACGGUAGACAAGGCAUUUGACAAAUUCGAGAUCUAUGUGCUUCGAAACAUUCUGACGGUCCCGGGUGACCUGGUGCCGUGGAUUCGCUUGAGCCACCACGAGAAUAUAUUAUUCGAACCGCUACCAGAGGGCGCUCCGACAACAGAUUCCGUCAUGAUACAGCGAAGGAAACUACGUGAAACACGAAAGUUGAACCACCUUCUCCAGCAAGACGUAAUGCGCAACGAUGCGAUGAUUGCCCAGAUCCGUUCGAUGCUAUCCGUAACAGAAUCUUUGGGUGACCCAGCUUUGAAGAACGCUCCUUCGACUAUUUCCAACUCCCAGCUUCCCAGCCUCUCAUUUCUCCUGGCCGACCCUAUCGCAAAACGUCUCAAUGUUGGCGAUAACACGGGGCCGUCGCAUACACCCAUCACCACAAAUACAACCUUCCUACUUUCACAACUGCCCGCUCUCCGUUCAAUUUCGGAGAACUUACGGGCAAGGCUACCGGAGCUGUCGGAACCUGUCAAGUUAAGCAGAGAGCUGGAUACAAAGCGCGAUCAGAGAAGGCAGUAUAUUGACGACCGAAUACGGCUACAUUUAGAACGCACUGGCGAGGUAGGGGCUAGAAAUAGCCCAGCUGGGGGCAGGAAAGUGGAAGAGAAAGAAGUGCAAGCGCUAGAGAGUGUUAUUGAGAUGUUGAAAUAA